GAGCUGAUUGGCCUGUUUAUAGAGAAUAUGUUUAAGGUACUAUAUAUACGAUACGUUGUCCCGACUUUGAGACUCAGUCGCUCAAUUUGGUCAUUGAUAGGUUGAUGACCAAUCUGGUUCGGGAUCCGACUCUUAGAGUCACCCAGUCCGUACCACCCGAUUAGCAGAACAGCCCCCCAUUCGUUGCCUCAACGGCGUCAACGCCUGCCAGCUGACGCUUAACUCUCCAUCAGUUACAACUGGAACCUUAGAACGCUGUGGUUCCUUGGCUGCAUGUUGAAAUUAUACUGUUAUCAGCCAUUGCGAGCACAGUAAGUUAGCCGAGCAUCAUCAGUCCUGUGGGAAAUUCUCAGCCGUUGUGAAAAUGUCAUACACGGACCCUGUCAGUGCCAUUGUGGCGGACGCCAUUGCACAAGAGCUUGGGUUGCCACAUGAAGAGCUUAAUCUCGAUGUGGGCUUCGUCCGAAACGGAGGUAAUUCACUAUCCGCAAUCAAUAUAACCUCGCUGUGUCGUUCAAGAGGUAUACCGGUCACAGUGGGAAUGAUUCUGCGGCAUGCCACUCUUAAUCACCUCCUCGAGGAGUUGCAAGAGUCCACACACCACUCAAGAGAGCUUCUUCAGUCUCGGGACUCCCCGUCGCCGUCCUCGCCCACUUUUGGGCUCUUCCGAGCUGACGGCUAUCUGGACGACGAGGAACGAAAGGACCCGGCCCACGUGACACCGCUGCAACUGUCGUUUAUACACGCUAGCAAGACGCAUGUUGGCCAGAGCGUCAUACGAUACUUGGAAACAUAUCGUACCGAGCAUAUCCCUGUCGUCAAGCAUGCCUGGGAAACUGUUGCGAGCACCGAACCAAUUUUCCAGACAAAAUUCAAACUGGCCGGGAGUACGUAUCGUAUAGUUGAAGAUGCAGAGGCACCGUUUCUGUGGAGCGAGACGAAAGCGGAAAGCCGCGAGGCUUAUGACACUGCACUGUUACAACAAACCCCUGACACAGACUUCAUUGGCGUUGCCUUCAAUGUAGUACAUCUGGAGAUGAGUGGCCAGGAGCGCCAAAGUACAGUCAUCUGGGCCGUCCACCAUGCUUUGAUUGAUGGAUUUUCGAGCGUCAUACUCCUCAAUAAACACCGAGGUGCUCUGUCGGGACGGUCGUGUCAGCCGGGACCUUCUUUCAGCUCGUUCAUGAGGAAAGUCGAGGUCUAUCGUGAGUCCCAAGCAAAAGAGGGACUCGAAUUUUGGGGAAGGCAACAGGAGCUCAUUGCUCAGUCGAGAGAAAACCUGCUGUUUGCGGAGACCGGGCCCAAUCCGGGUGCCUCAACGUAUGUGAGCCAUACGUUUGAGUUGGGGACCGACUUCGAAAACCUCAAACAGUGCGUCCGAGAGCGCGAGGUCACAAUAGCCUCCAUGAUCUACGCUGCAUGGGCACUCACGAUAAGUCAGUUCGUCGGCUCAAGCAGUGUGUGCUUCGGUGUUGUCCUGUCGGGCCGCACUGUGCCAGUUCCCGAGGUGGAAACAGUAGUCGGACCCCUAAUCAACCUCAUGCCGUUUCAAACCUCUCUGGACUGGACCAUGUCCAUUAGAGACUACAUCAAGUCGGUAUUCAAGCAUUCGUUGGAUCUGGAUCAGUAUCAGUGGAAUGCGCCAGCGCAAUUACUUACUUCGUUACCCUUCUCGCUGCUCAACAUCCAUAUUGAGGAGGAACUACUGAACAAAAAUCCCCUUGGACUGGUACUAGAGCCAUGUAGCACGAUGGAGUCAAACUUGAAUCUGGCCGUUGAGGUUCGUUCUGGUGGCAAGAUCAAACUCAUGUUCAAGGAAGACAUCAUACACUCCGCCAACGUCAAGCGACUGGGAAAGACAUUCCUCGAAGCUAUUAAGCUGCUCAUGUCUUCAGAGAAGACGCUCGAAGAAGGCCGGCAGCUUUUGAUGGCGCCAGAUAUUCACAUCGCUCUCUCGAACAGCAAUGUGUAUUCGGCGCUGACACGUGCGGAAUCAUGGAACAACAACCUCGUCGAGUUGUUUGAUCAGAGUGUCCGAAUGGGACGUGAUCGCAUAGCUAUCGAGAGGGGAUCGGAGAAACUCAGCUACUCAAGCGUCCUAGAGAUGGCGAACCACACUGCAGGACAACUGCGUCACCACAUAUUGCCAGGUGAUGUGGUAUGUGUUCAUGCGGACCGUAGCGUCAACUGGAUUAUCGCUAUUUAUGCAACCCUCAAAGCUAAGGGGGUAUACUGCCCGCUAGAUCAGUCGCUACCGCCCCGAGUUCGAAAUCAAAUCUUUGAACAGUCCGGUAGCCGCCAUUUCCUAGCGGGAGGUGCUAGAGAGUUGAAGUAUAAGCCCGAGUCGUGCGCAAACUCUUUUUCUGUCGAGGAGCUGCUUCUGCGAGUGACGAAGAGAAGGCGAGGAACAGACUCGGUAAAACCACCCGUCAUUGAUCCCAACAGCGGAGCCUACUUAUGUUUCACGUCGGGAUCGACUGGCCAGCCUAAAGGCGUCUUGUGUACUCACAAGGCUCUUGUGGCAUUCCAAUCCGAGCUCGACGUCCGCAUGAAGUCCAAACCAGGGUGGCGAAUCGCUCAAAUCAUGUCUCCUGCUUUCGACGGCAGUAUACAUGAGAUCUUUUCAGCCUUAGGGUACGGGUCUACGCUGGUCCUAGGCUGUUCCGAAGAUCCCUUCAGCCACUUGAAGAGUGUAGAUACGGCAAUCAUGACACCAUCGAUCGCGCGCGUGUUGGAUCCGAAUGACUUCCCUAACCUGAGCGCUCUCUACCUGGUGGGCGAGGCCGUCCUACCAUUAGUACGCGACAGGUGGGCUAAGGCGGUCGAGUUAUACAACAUGUACGGGCCAACGGAGGGGACCUGUGGCGCCACGACGAAGAAGCUGCAGUACGGGGAGCCCAUAACCCUGGGUCGACCGAACCCAUCAAUGAGGAUCUACAUUCUGAGCGCCGAAGGCCAGCUUGUCCCCCCAGGCGUGAUAGGUGAUAUUUACCUCGCGGGGGUUCAAGUUUCGCUGGGAUACCAGAACAUGCCGUACCAGACCUACAAAGUGUUCUCGGAGGACACGGUGUAUAGGCGGGACGGGGAGCGUAUGUACCGCACAGGAGACCGUGGGUACUGGUGUGAGACUGGCGAGCUCCAGUUUUGUGGAAGAACCGACAGACAGAUUAAGCUGCAUGGAUAUCGCGUUGAUCUGGAUGAUCUGGAAGAGCGGAUUAGAAACUCCGUUCACGAUUGCACAGGUGUAAUGGUCGUGUGUGUUAAGAACCAAAUAAGUGCCUAUGUACAACCGGAAAGUCUUGCGAUCAAAUCGGUCGAGACUUUACUAGCGCAGGCUUUACCGCAUUAUGCCUUUCCCCGACGCAUCGUCGCAGUGGCGGAAUUUCCACAAACGAGAGCCGGAAAACUCGAUUACCAGGCUCUCAAGCAAUUCAAUGCUGCGUGUCAAGAAAAACCUCCUUUCCAGGGCAACGCGAAGCUUUUGAAGCAAGUUGGUGAUGUAUGGAAGGAGAUACUCCAUACCCAAGGGCCUAUUACGGCGGAUUCCAAGUUCAUGGAGCUGGGAGGCAAUUCCUUGCUACAGCUCCAAAUGGCAGACGAGCUCUCGGUGGUUCUCGGGCGCAAAGUUCCGCUUCUUUCGAUCGUCUCCUCGCCGACGCUUGGCUCUCUAGUAGAAACGCUCAAUGAUGUAGCUUCCGAGAUCGGAAUUCUUGUCACCAGCACUCCCGCGACUGAUAGAGCUGUAGUGACACAGCUAGAACAGCACUGGUGCAGGAACUAUGCUUUCCGAGGAGGGUCGUCGUCAUUCACUGUAUCCGCAGCUUUCCGACUAGGUCCCGGAACCGAUCCAACGCGUUUGGUCAAGGCAUGGAAUGUCGUCUUGGGGCGCCACGAUAUAUUCCGCUGUCGAUUCAAGAUUGAUUCGGCCGGUUGGGUAAAGAAAAGCUUUUCGGAUCGCAGUCCAAAGGUCCAAGAGCUCAAACAGCUGGACGUGAGAUAUCAGAUCCAUCGUCCCUUUGAUCUGGAGCAGCAAAGCUGUAUCCGUGUCCUCAUAUCACCCGACACGCUGCUUCUUGUAGCAAGUCACAUCAUAAUGGAUUACAAGUCUCUUGAGACCACGCUUCAAGAAGCAAGCUGUGCCUACCGCAACAUACCCAUGCCAUCGCCAGUCUACUACAGCAGCCUGGAACGGAAAUAUCCGGAAGGGCACAGAGAGUUCUGGCAGCAAUAUAUGAAGGGCUUCCAGCAGCCCAAGUAUAGGAUUGGGACAUGGACACCGCGUAAGUCGUGGGAUGGGACAUCUUAUAUCUAUCGGCUGCCAACCAGCAUGGGCCGGUCACUUACUCGCUAUGCGUCCUCCAAAGGACUUACCCCUCAUCACAUCUUACUCGGCGCGGUUGCUCUUGCUCUCAGCCGUAACUCGGACGUGCUGGAUAUCGUCCUCGGUGCGCCUUAUCUAGGUAGGCUUGGGCGCUAUGAGCAAAAAGCUGUGGGACUGUUUCUAGAAUUGCUUCCGAUCCGAAUCAAGUUUCCCAACCCCGGGAGUGGGCAGAAAGACUUACUGUCGGUCGUAAGGAGCUGCAGCCAGUCGGCUCUUUCGCACGCACUACCCUGGUCGAUGAUCCUUGAUGCGCUGGGACUGACACCAUCGGUACCUGAUGCUCCUCUCCUGGAUGCCGUGGUCUCUUACCAGGACAGCAUUGGAGACAUGGGCAUGCAGGGUGUCGAUGCGCAGCCUUUGCUGACUUGGACAGAAGGUGCAAAAUUCAAGUUUAUGGCCGAGUUUAUCAAAGCAAAUGAUGGCUGUUUACUGAUGAGGCUCGAGUGGGCUAAGGAGUGCUUCGACGACCAGAGUAUUGGGAUUCUGGCGAAUUUCAUAAAGGUCUUGUUGGAGGCAAUCCUUGAAGACAAGUCGUUUCAAGAGAUAGCCAGCCGGUUUUUGCAAGAUCGGGGCGAGCAAACGUAUGAGGCGUUGCCGAAAGAUCGUGAGGAUCUAUUUGAAACAAACUUGCAAGCAAUGUAGCCGCGCUCGCGCUUUGACCCUAUAUUCCAACGACAUUAUAAAUAUAGAGUAUAGAGACGAAGGUAAAGUGAAACUCAAACGCAACUAUGGACUACACACUAUAUAGACUUAACAUAAUAAAUAUGAGCUUAUAUUAAACUAUAAUUUUAAUACUUUUAAGUUUUA